AUGCACAAAGUAUGAAUGUUUCCCAUAUGCGUCGCUUCAGACUCCGCCAGGUGAUCGAUGGACCUUCAUCUCUUCACGUGAACAUCACUGGAAGUCUAAAGUGAGGUGGGCCAAGGGUCCGGCGUGGGAACAUCGACGACGAUCGUAACUGAAGUGUUCGGCGGAGCCAGGGCACGAUGAGCGCAGGGUACAAAGACUGACAAGUGAUCUACCUGGUGCUUGAAAAAAGUACUGAAGAAAAAGGUUUGUAAGACUCGAAUACUAUUAUACGCUCCAUUGUGUGGUAUUGCAUUCAGCCAGAUAACAUAGUUGACGGGGACCAUAGCCCGCAUUGCCUUGACGUUUUCUUUUACCGUAGCAGGUAUUCGAUCAACCACCCGUCAACACGUGCCAUCAAAGCGAGGGCUCCCAGGGAGGUCACCUUCUUGCACACGGUUGUAACGCGCAAUAAGAGACGAUGACGACCGUUACGACAAAUAAAUCAGAGCUGGAGCUUCACGAACUCCUUGAACGAGCAGUCCUUCUCUCCUACUACGACAAAUUCAUCGAGAUAGGCGGGGACAAUGUGCAGCAGCUUCGUGACUCCAGCGGACACGAUUUCCAGGAGUUGAUCAACAUGGUAGAUAUGGCCAGAAAGCCACCUCACGUCAAGAGGUUCAAGAAAGCACUGGCAGAGUGGAAACCAGACACAGUUUCAGCAACGUCCACUCCAGCGGAUGGGGCAGAAGGGGAGCUUCACAACCUACUUCGAGGAGCAGAUCUUCUAUCCUACCACGACAAGUUCAUGGAGAUAGGCGGGGACAAUGUUCAGCAGCUUUGUGACGCCAUGGGGGACGAUUUCCAGGAAGUGAUUGACCUUGUUGAUAUGGCCAGAAAGCCAUAUCACGUCAAGAGACUGAAGAGAGCACUGAGCCAGUGGACAGGACAGUCAGUCAAGGUAACAUCCACUGCGGCCGACGAAUCAGAAGAGGAACUUCGCGGAUUACUUCGACGAGCGGAUCUUCUCUCAUACCACGACAAGUUCAUCGAACUGGGCGCAGACAAUGUGCAGCGGCUUCGUGACUCAACCGACGAAGAGUUCCAGACACUCACCGAGCACGUAGGCAUGGCCAGAAAGCCCCUUCACGUGAGAAGAUUGAAGAACGCACUCAAACAGGGGUCAGGGCAUGCAGCCGUAAUGACGUCCAUUCCUUCAAACGAGUCGGAGCGUGAAGUUCACAAACUGCUUCAGCGUGCGGAUCUCCUCGCCUACUACGACAAGUUCAUCGAGAAAGGCGUAGACAAUGUGCAGCAGCUUUUUGACUCGACGGGAGAAGAGUUCCUGGAAUUCAUGGAUCUUGUUGGCAUGGCCGGAAACCCUUUUCACGUGAUGACGUUCAAGAAGGAACUGGAACAGUGGACAGGGCAUCCAGUCACAAUGACGCCCGUUCCGGCAAAGAAACCGAGACUAUCGGAGAUUCACGACCUCCUUGAACCAACGGGUCUCCUCUCUUACUGCGAGAAAUUCGAGGAAAUUGGCAUGGACAGUGUGCAGGAGCUUCGCAACUUGACUGACGAAGAGUUCCACGAGGUCAUCAACCGGGUAGACAUGGCCAGGAAGCCGUUUCAUGUAAAGAAACUCAAGAAGGUACUCGAAGAAUGGACGGGGCCCACAGGAAUCUCACGCUUCAUCUCCAAGGACAUGGCUUCGACAUCUGAAUUCGAUCUCAACAUAGAAAGGUCGCCACAGUGGAAAGCCCUCAGGAAGGAAAUGCACGAAGCCAUUGCGGCGAAAGACGAGGCUGGUGUUCUAAAGUGCCUGGAUGCUGCACCUGCUUUGAAACUGUGGUUGGACCCUGUGAAAGAUAAGUCAGCUCGUUACAAAGCAGUUAAAAAGAAAGCCUUUCGUAUUCAUGGCCUUUUAAUCUCGCGGGAAUGUGGACUCAAGAACACAGAAGUAUCAACGUGUUACCAACAUCUCACACCCCUUGAACGAGCUGAAAUUCGUCGGCAACAAUAUUACACCACAGAAUGCGACGGCUCUUACAUCGACUAUUUGAAAAGCAAAUCAAAAAGCGUCACCAGAUGUGAUGACUUCAGUGUACGAUUGGAGAAGAUGUUUAAGCAACUCUCCAGUAAUGAAUUAAACAGGAUUAUUCUCAAAGUGGCUGCAAGAACACCACACCUAGAAAUAAGGUUCGACUACAACAGUAAAAACGUUCAAGGGAUCACGGGAAGCUGCAACAGAGGCGACAUCGGCCUUACUUUCUACGAAGAACAAAGAGUUUUCAUCGGGGGCCGUGCUGAAGAAGCCGAAGUCUGGGGAACACUUAUCCACGAGUUAUGUCAUAUGGCACUUUUUCUAGUGUAUAGGAACGAUGGCAAGCCAUAUUACAGCGACGAUACGGAGAGGAAACAGCAAUACAAGAACAUCCUGAAUAACAUAAAACCGAGGCAAAAAGAUAUGAACCUACUCAUCCAGCAAGCUUUAAAGGACAGAAAUGAAGAAGAAGAGUUAAUUGUACGGAUCCCUCACGUUCUGAUUCAAUAUGGUUGCAACGAAGGUCAUAGGGUUCUGGAACGAGAAGUACCCGAACUACUAAAUUUUUUCAAGGACCAUGUCAUCCCGGACAUGCGAGAAUACAUUCAGAAUGGAAUCCCCUCAGCAGACGCAGAAAAGAUCAAAGAAGGAAACGCCACACUCCAAAGAUCCCUCAACAUUGGCAAACUUAACGUCAAAUUCGAGAAACCAUUAAAGAACAGUGUGUGGAACAAAGGUCCACUUCACGUACUUACGGGUCCAGAAGUAAGACUUCUGGAAAUAAUGGUUCACAACGCCGUGAAAUCUUCAGGCCAGCCAUACUUGUUCUUCGAGACAUCCCAGAAGGAGUGGAAAGAUGUGUUAGCGACCUACAAAUGUGCAUUUGUGCUCGUGACGGUCCACCCUAACACAGAGUUCGGAAUGGAUCUCAAAUCUCUGAGUGAAGUGUCCCGUGUGACUGGAGCGAAAGUCAUCUUCCUUGUGGAAGACAGAGACAAGGAUGACUUGUUGAAGCAAGUGCAAGAAGACGCAUUCUUUGCCGCUGGACUUGUAGUGCAUAACAUCCUUGAAGCGAGUUUGGAGCAUGUUGCAAAUAGCUGCAAAGCAGAAGUUUUCGAAAAAUCUCGCGUAGAACUUCAGGGCAGAUAUGUUUCUGGCUUUCCUGAAACAAUGAAUAUGGACACCUUCUCAUGUUGUGUAGACACUUCGGUUUUCCUAAACCUCUGUGAGCAUAAGAACAUUAACCUGGGACCUCCCCUUCAUGAACUCGAAGAAUGUGCUAAGCACUGUUAUGUGGAGCGAGUGUUUACAAGGGCCGUGAAAAUUGACCUGAAAAAGUGCAGAAUGGACGACAAGAAUGAGGCUUUCGCACUUUUGGCGUGUCCGCAUGAUUGUGCUGCAAAACAUGUACCUCAAGGUUAUCAGCCAGAACAUCAGGAUAAUUUAGAGCGUUUUGAAAAAUUUGUGAUCCUUCAGGAGCCAUGUGACUAUGAAGCUCUCCUGAAAAAUGAUAAUUACCAAGGCAAGGCAGUGCAUCUGUUGCGGAUCACCGAAUCCGGUAACGAAGUGCUGUGGACUAAAUCAAAUGGCCGUCUCAGUCACCUUCCAACGAUGGGAAGUGACGAUUAUACCACGGAGGCGUUGCUGAAAGUUCCCGAGAAGGCCGUCGUCGUCUCUGGUGCUCCUGGUAUGGGAAAGAGUGUGCUGGCAAAGCGCUUGUGCACCAAAGUAAAAGAUCAAGAUGAGAAGCGGUGGGUGCUCUACGUCGACCUUCCUCAGAGAAUGGCAUCUGUUAAAACUGCGUCGCCUACUCUGGAAUAUCUAGCGAAUCUGUGCCAAGUACAAAAAGAUGGGUUGGAGUUCGCUUUGUUCGAGGAAAGCUUGAAGAAUGGAAGCCCUUUCGAGGUCGUAGUCAUGUUGGAUGGCUUCGAUGAAGUCAACGAGAAAUGUCGCAAGUGUGUGCUGGACCUUAUACAGUUUCUAGCUAACAAAAAAGUUUACAAGGUGUACCUUUUUACUCGCACUGUGUUUAAAUCCCAUGUACAAGAUACCUUGCACACAGUGUCAUAUGAUAUCGUUCCUUUUUCUGAUGAAAACCAGAAUGAUUUCCUCACAAGAUAUAGGGGCCAAACAGAAACUCCGGCCACCAGGAAUGAAGCAUUUGCGCAAAAAUUGCAGCCACUGUACGCGACAUUGAAAGAGAAAAACAAGACAAUCCUAGAAACCCCUCUCCUACUUCAUAUGAUGGCUCAGAUGGAGAGCGGGGAAAUUACAAAGUCGGACGAUUACUCUUCGCUCCUUAAUAUUGUUGACAUUUCCGGUGAGAGCAGUAUAUACACUGUACACAUCUACAAGAUGUUUGUCGAGUAUAAGCACCUUGUGCACCGAAAAGAGAAGGUGAAAGAAGACAUCUCCCGAAGUGCUGUGCGAGGGGACAACCAUGACACGAAGUCUCCAUUCUACGUAAACCAUGGUCUCCUGGCUAUGAAGUGUAUAUUUCCUCAGUAUAUAUUGAAAACAUUAUUGAAUGAAGACGAAUUAGAGCAGUUAGAUCCCGAAGGAAGUUUCAUCACCGGCGUGGAUUCUUUCAAAGAAGGUUUUGUGAAUAGAAUUAACGCUGGAGGAAUUCCAGAGUUUGUUCAUAAGACUUUCGCUGAAUUUUUCGCAGCUCGCUACCUAUUGGAAAGAUCAAAAGGGAAAAAAAGAUCGAGCUUUAGGAAAUAUGUCGUCGGAUUGUAUGGUAAAAAAGACUACGAGGGUGUAAUGCUGUUGUUCGAUGGACUGGCGUCGGCGUCCUAUCCACUUCACUCUGCUGUAAUAAACAACGACGCUUCAUAUUUUGAGCAAUGUGAUAUUCAAAGAGAAGACAUGCUGGUUGUCGAUGAGAUCAAAAGGACGCCAUGGCACGUAGCAGCCCUGCAUUCUGAUAAAGCAACAUUGAAGAGGCUUCCAAUGGAUGAUGAACUAAUCGAGAAUGAUUUAUUUAAUAUGUCACCGUUGGGGUACGUGCAACUCUUUUUCCGCUGGGACGGAGAAUGGAUGGAGGACCUGCGGGAAGGGUCUAUUAUGAAUUUGUUGUCGAUUAUGGGUAUGAAGAAAUAUCUGUAUUCUGACCCUUCAGCUCUGAGAGAGAGACUCAACGUGUUGUACACUCGAUGCAGUGAGGAAGCAGUGAAACAUUCUACCGAAAAUCUGCGCCGGUGUGAAACCUUCGAGCAAAAGAGAGGUUUUCUAGAGCGAGCAAUAUUCACGGCUGUGAUACACGACCUACGAGGCGUUUUAGACGUGUAUCUGAGCUAUGUGUCCCCGAAAGAGAGUACAGGAAAUGUACACAGAGACAUCAUGGACCAAUUAGAAUCACGGAAGAAACGAAGCUUCAGAUGUUCUGCAGAGUCUCCGGUAAUUGGAAACCUUGAUAGUUUUACAGACAGUAGCAAAAGAACUGUCCUUUUUCACACAAAGUCCGAGGUUGUUUGCAAAAUGCUCCUUCCUUACUGCGAUAUAGGAAUUCUUGAUAUGAAUCGAAACACAAUGUUGCACAUUAGCGUGCAGAAGGGAAAUCUUGAGACAACACAGUUUUAUCUCGCACAUUUUUCCAUUAACGAUAGAAAUAGAUACUUUCAAACUCCUUUGCACUUGGCUGAAGAUGCAGAGGUUGUGAAGCUACUUUUUCCUCUUUAUCCCUCAGUGAAUGUUCUCGAUUUUGAGCAAUACGCUCCGAUGGAUAGAUGUGCAAAGUUUGAUCAUUUGGAGGCCAUGAAUUUGUUACUCCUACGCACUCGAAUGUGUGACGCACAUCACAUCGGACUGAACACAGCGCUUCAUGUGGCUUCGAGCUCUGGAAACCUUAAAGCUGUGACGUUUCUCCUACCUCACUCAAAUGCGCACAUGCUUAACUACGAAGGAGAAACGGGCUUUGACAUUCCUUGGAUAAGUUCGGAAUAUCUGUCGAGUUCGGAUUCCAACGUGGUGAGGUGUCUCAUCCCACACUCGAUCAUGAACUCACCUGAAACGUUCGGCUCAUUACCGUUGUACAUCUGGGCGCAAGGUGGUGAAAGGGAAGGGAUACAAACUCUAUGGCCUUAUUUGCGACGCAGUGGUCCGAGGCAUGCACGGAGGAUCAGUAGAACCCCCGUGAUUGAGUGGAGGGACAGGGAUUUCCAAGGAGAAAUUUGGUGUCUCAAACUUCUCUUGCUCCAUUUAGAUGUCAUCGCUGGUGAUCGUUGUGGCAGUAAACUGCUACAUGAUGUGGCCAAGCGCAAGCUAUGCGCGAUAAAAGAAGUAAAUUAUAUUAAUUACAUGAAGUUGUUACUGCCGCAUUUAAAUCUCAGUGAGCAGGAUUAUGUAGAAUGUAGACCAGCAAAUAAUGACAUUUUUACCUUAUUGCUGGGAUGGUCGGACAGGAAUAACAUCGAUGAUCCUCACAUUGACGACAUUGCUACCUUAUAUCGGAGAUGGUCGAACAUGAAUAACACCGAUGAUCCCCAGAUUGACGAUGUCGACAGGGAAAUGAUCGACGACGAUGGCAGUAUGAAGUUGCUAACUGGCGCACGGGAAGGUAAUGUGGAAGCUGUGGAACUUCACCUCUCACAUUCAUCCGUAUACUUUAGAGAUGAAAAAGAGAACACAGCAUUGCACUUGAGCGCGAGGAAGGGACACACAAAUGUGGUGAAGCUUCUCAUUCCUUUUUAUACAUCAGUGGACGUGAUCAAUGUGCGUGAAAAAACGCCCAUGCAUGUGUGCGCCUCAAAUGGACACCUGGAGGUUGUAAAGUUGUUAUUAAUCCGCUCUAGAAUGAGUUCCCGUGACGGGGGUGGAAGGACACCUCUUCACUUGGCCUGUGAAAGUGAUGCCAUUGAUAUCGUGAACUUCCUUCUUCCGCACUCGUUCCCUAAUAUACGUGACAUGUUGGGUUCCACGUGCUGCGCUCUUUCCGCUGAAAGAUGCAAAAUGAAUGUUCUGAGAUGCCUCAUCCCACACUCUCCUACGCUCUGUGCUAAUGGCAUAGGUGAAUCCCUAGCGCUAAUCUGUGCAAAACAUUAUAUGAGAGAAGUGGUGGUGACAUUAUUGCCAUAUUCUUGUGAUUAUGACACUACGAGUUUAUUGACGCCUGGCCCGUCAUUUUCUACGGACGAUAUGAGUAUGGAAACUACGCUUUGUCUGAAACUUGUGGUUCUCCACUCAAAUGUCAGGGCAGUAGAUGCCUGUUUUCGUGAAGCAUUCGAUUACAUUCGAAGGUCUUGUGAAGCCCUGAACGAGAUUUCUUUCUUGCUUCCACAUACAAAUGUUUCUGCUAAGGACGAUGAAGGCAAGAAACUAUUACAAAAAGUCCUCCAACAUAUUCAUCAUCCAGAAUGGGUUAGCUUCCUUCAGAAGUGGACUCGCUUGAGUGACUUCAUUAAUGGUGCUGACGAUUGUAUGCAAGGGUUGUGGUUAAGGACUAUGUGGCACAGAGCUGUCAAUGGACACGAGUUCUGAAGACGAUAUCGCAGUUUUAAUAGAGCUUUCAACAGCAGUAUACUGAUUCAUUGACCUCAUCCGAGAAGGCACAAAUAUUAGCGAGAGUCAAAAAUGAAACAAAAAAAAUCACUUUUGUGAUGGCCGUAUGUGGCUAACGCGUUUUUUCUUCCUGUUCGUUAUGUUACAAAGUACCGUUCCGUAGUAGGUUCAUAAGGUGAUCCGAAAAUGUGUAAACAAAUGUGUUUAUUCCUAAUGUGCUAGUUAUAUGGUUAGCUACGUUAUACCACAGUAUUAGGUGCAUGUGAUUAUGUUUAUAUAGUCCAUCUCACGUAGACUGGAGAUAACUGUUAUACAGCGAUUGAAUCUCACAUUCUUAAAAAAAAAAUCUGGUCAGUGUUAUACCUUUUAGGCUGUUAAUGGCUCGUCACCAAUGUUACUCGAAAGAUGUGUGAAGUUUAAUCCGUGUAGCUGGGUGGUACACUUCAACCCUGGAGAUAUAUGGGUCCUAAGUUUACCGCCCUUGGUGUCAAAUGUAUAUACUCAAAUCCCGAAUGUAUAUGAAAUAAAGUGUUUUUCGCACAUUGGAGAA